GAGCGUGCAAGGCGCUCAUGGCUUCACAUAAGUAAAGGGCGAUCUCCUGAGGACGAGCUGAGAAGAGAGGAGAAGAUAGACGAGAGGAGAAGAGUAGGAGCUCUUAGCAGCCUCCCCCAACGUGUUUUUUUUCUACUUCCAACCCCCACCUCUACUACUUGCACCACCACCUUCAAAUUUUCAUUUCAUUGUGGACUGUGCUAUCUGAGGAACAACCCAGAGGAGAAAUAAGAAGUUUUUUUUUCCAACUUUGACGUUUCUUUCCAUACUUUUGGUUGCGCAUCUGAAGCAAAGAAGUCAUGGUCCAGAGUUGGUUGUGAGGGAGUUAACUGUGUUCGUGUUGUUUUUUGUACGCUACCCGAGAAGCAGAUCCACCGCGGGGGAGUUCCCUUCCUGGCAAGCUCCUAAAUGACGGCCGAGAUCCAGCAGCCAUCCGUGCAGACUCCUGCCCAGAGCAGCCCAAUGUCUGCGCCAGAGAAGCCGGCAGCGAUGGACGCGGCCUCCUCUGCCACCAAGACCAAGAAAACUAACGCCGGCAUCAGGCGUCCCGAAAAACCGCCGUACUCCUAUAUCGCUCUCAUCGUCAUGGCCAUUCAAAGUUCUCCCACCAAGCGCCUCACCCUCAGUGAGAUCUACCAGUUCCUCCAGAGCCGCUUCCCCUUCUUCCGCGGCUCCUACCAAGGUUGGAAGAACUCUGUGCGCCACAACCUGUCCCUCAACGAGUGCUUCAUCAAGCUCCCCAAAGGCUUGGGUCGCCCAGGCAAGGGUCACUACUGGACCAUUGACCCGGCCAGCGAGUUCAUGUUCGAGGAGGGUUCGUUCCGGCGCAGGCCGCGCGGAUUCAGGCGCAAGUGCCAGGCGCUCAAGCCUUCCAUGUACAGCAUGAUGAACGGCCUGGGAUUCAACCACCUCCCCGACUCCUACAACUUCCAAGGCGGCGGAGGGGCGCUGUCGUGCCCUCCCAACAGCUUGUCUUUGGAAAGUGGGAUUGGGAUGAUGAACGGACACUUGACCGGCAACAUGGACGGUAUGGGCCUGGCUGGACACUCCAUGUCCCAUCUGUCAGCCAAUGGAGGACACUCGUACAUGGGCAGCUGCACGGGACCGUCCGCCGGUGACUACCCACACCACGACAAUGCCGCAUCUCCGCUGCUGCCCAGCGGACCAGGGGUCAUGGAACCCCAUCCCGUUUACUCGAGCCCCACGUCGGCGUGGGCGCCCACCCCGUCCGCCUCUCUCAACAAUGGAGCGUCCUAUAUCAAGCAGCAGCCGCUCUCGCCCUGCAACCCUGGGACGAACCCCCUGCAGCCCAGUUUACCCACGCACUCCCUGGACCAGUCAUAUCUGCACCAGAACGGACACAGCACGAGUGAUCUUCAAGGUAUCCCCAGGUACCACUCGCAGUCUCCCAGCAUGUGUGACAGGAAGGAGUUCGUCUUCUCCUUCAACGCCAUGACUUCAUCCAGCAUGCACUCACCCGGCAGCGGUUCCUAUUACCACCAUCAGCAGGUCGCCUACCAGGACAUCAAGCCUUGCGUGAUGUGACAGGAGCACCAACAACAGCAGCGGUGGUAAGGGUCAGCGCCAGCCGGGGCACUGCUGCGGGAGAGCGGCUGCGGGAGUGGGGGGACUCGCUCGGUCGGGCCCUGCUGGAGCGCAAAGAGGCGAAGGACACAAAAAAGACCACGAGACACUCGGUACAAGAAGAACUCUAUCAGGGACGGAGAAAGGGCGUGCGCAAUGUGCCAUGCGACCUGCACCAUGCGUAAUGCGCUCUGCAUUAUGUGCCGUGCAUUAUGCGCCCUAAAGCGCACAGGCCACACUAUAGGCUACCGGACAGAACUCUCGCCCCGCUCGGUACUCGCUCUGCUGGCGGAUCAUUAACACAUCACAGAGCGUAUGUGAGUGUGUGUGUGAGUGUUUGUGUGUGUGUGAGACUGGCUGCAAAAAACACACAUUUGCAGUGAAAUUCAGGAUGAGUUGUUCUUAUCGGAUCAUAAGUCAUUAUUAUUUUUAUUAAUAUUGUUAUUGUUAUCAUUGUUUGUUUAAUUAGUGUAAGUAAAUGCAGUAGACUAUCAAAAAUGAUGAAUGAAGGCACUUUUAAACGAGCGCAACUUAUUUAUUCUGUUUCUAUGUUUGAUUGUACAAUUAUAGCCCCAGUAUUGAUCGCUUUAUUGGCAAUAUUUGCCCCAUACGCUGUCUCUCUCUACUCGGUGUAAAAUGAAGGUUAAAUGUAAGCACUGUGGUGUUUGUAUAUCCGUAUCGACACAAGUCCCUUUCCAGCACUGUAAAAAACUGUAUAUGGUGUAUGGUGGGUGGGGGUGGGGGUUUGGAGGGGGGAUUUCUAGGAUUAUUUUUCUGUUCAAAUGUCUGUAGAUAUUAGGUCAUGUACGCACCAUUUGUAGACUAUAAAAAGUGUAUAAAAGCUAAACUGGCAUGCGGUUUUAAUUAAACGCUUCUAAAGAAGCACACACACACUUAUACACAUAUGGACAAACACAGUGGAUGUUUAUAUGUACUAUUGCUAUUGUUUUAAUUCUAAUACCACUGUACGCACAGUUUGUAUUGGUGAAUUUCGAAAUCAAAUAAUUUAAAACUACAAGUAUUGUGCAAACGUUAAAUGGUACUGUAAAAGGGACACGCUUAAUUGUAACAUUUGCGGAUGCUUUUUUAUUUGCUAAAAUGGAACACAUUAAAAUAUAACGUGUCACUACGUUAAAGUUAAAUUUAAAUUAUUAUUAUUGCUUCCUUUUCGCUAAAUACUGACUUGCAUUCCUGACCUAACAAACAGCAGUAAUUGGUUCCGAUUUUAGCGGUUCUCAAAACAAAUAAUGAUUUUUGAUAGAUAUGCAUUAUAUACAUUCUAACAUACUUUAGGAUGUGCAGAAGUGAUUUUUUUGUGGACGAUGUGGCUUAUUUACACGUAUGUAAACGCACACGUAAAAUACUGUAUAUGGCCAUAGUAACACACGAAAAUAUUUUAUAAAGCAAACCAUGUUAUUUUUAUCGUUGUGUAUUCAAAACACGAAAAAUGACAGAGGAUUCCAAAACGUUUGCAAGGGACUAUAAAUAAUAUAGAACAUGAUACGCAUUCAUUUUUUUUCUUAUUCAAACUUUAUUUUAAUCAUUAUAUAUGUUGGUGUACAUGUAUUAUUAUUAUUAUUAUUAUUAUUAUUAUUAUUAUUAUUAUUAUUAAUGUCUUUGUGUGUUGAGACUAAAAAUUGAUCUGCAUUCAAUCAUUAAUUUGCGACAAUAUGCAGGUUUUAAACUUUUACUUUACAGCGAGAAAAAUAUAUAGCCAGACUAAUGUAGAUAGUGAGGACAAGUGUAGUGAAUGUUGUAUAAUAAAAUACUGGUCACCGUAUACAGUAAAUUUGCAUGUCAAUUUUAUACCAACUACCGCAAAUUUAACACAGUGUUAAUUUUACCACUGGUGAAUUUACUUUGCAAAUAUAAGGAGCACAUUUAGAAGUAAGAGUACAGUGGUUAUAGUGGGUAUAGUGAGUGAAGCUGUGUUGGCCUCCCGAGUGUUGUUUUGUUUUCUGGCAGAGAUGCUACACUUGUAUUGGAUCCAUUAAAGUGACCACAGAGCUCGCACUCUUA